AUGUCCUCACCUGUCUCUUAUACACAUCUAGAUGUGUAUAAGAGACAGGCCCUGAAGCACUCGGACGGGACGCGCACUUGCCCCAAGCUCUAUGACAAGAGCGACCCCUACUAUGAGAACUGCUGCACGGGCGCCGAGCUGUCGCUGGAGCCGGGCGCAGACCUGCCCUACUUGCCCUCCAACUGGGCCAACACCGCCUCCUCGCUUGUGGUGGCCCCGCGCUGCGAGCUCGUCGUGUGGUCCCAGCAAGGCAAGGCGGGCAAGACGCACAAAUUCUCUGCCGGCACCUACCUGCGCCUGGAGGAGUACCGCCGGGGCAUCUUGGGAAACUGGUCCAACGCUAUCUCCGCGCUCUACUGCAGAUGCCCAGCUGCCCAAAGCUCCGAGCCCACCCCAGGCCCCGGCCCCAGCUCCGCACAAACCCCCACACCCAUCAUCCAAGCCCCGAGGCUGCUCCACACCCCUGAGCUCCUGACUGGAACUGGGAGCACCAAGCCUCCCUAA